AUGGAACUUUUACUUGACUGGGUCUUGGAAUUCAACGUUGUCAUUGUAUCAGUGGAAUAUCACCUUCCACCCGAACAUCUCCAUCCUGUUCCUUCUGAAGACUGUUAUGCCGGACUAUUAUGGACUGCGGCACAUGCGCAAGAGCUAGGUAUUGAUCUGUCUCAACUUAGUGUGAUGGGCAUUUCUUCAGGAGGAGGCCUUGCAGCUGCCAUGGCAUUAAUGGCACGUGAUCGGAAGGGUCCCGAAUUACAUGGUCAACUGCUCAUCUGUCCUAUGCUUGACGAUCGUAACCAAACGCCUUCAACUUACCAGUUCGAGGGUAUGGGCAUCUGGGAUCGCCAAUCAAAUCUAACAGGCUGGGCAGCACUGCUUGGCAAUCAGAGAGGAGGCACAGAUGUGUCCCCAUAUGCUGCUCCAUCACGAGCACAAAACCUUAGCAAUUUACCUCCAGCUUAUAUCGAUGUUGGCUCCACCGAGACUUUCCGUGAUGAGGCCAUCGACUAUGCUCAACGUAUCUGGCAAGCUGGUGGCGCUGCUGAACUACACGUAUGGUCUGGUGGUUUUCAUGGUUUCACUUUUCUAGCGCCCCAAGCUGCACUUUCAAAAUUUGCCGUCGAAGCAUCAAAAAACUGGUACCGUCGACUUUUGGCUUCUCGCAGAAUAUAA